UGUGUGUAUAUAAUUGUACUAGUCUAAACCAUAAUAUUUUAAUUGUAGCAUCAUCAAAACUAAGUGUUACUUAAAAGCAUGAGAAAAAAAUAAAAUUAAAAUUAAAAUAAGGUAGAAAGAUAUGUGAUGAUGUAAAAGUCUCACCCUCCACAAACCUUUACCUUAAAUCCAACUCUACUCUCAAAUAGACAAGUCCAUAUGAAUUAAUUAAAACCCACUCACCAAACUCUCUGUUACUAUUCAAUUCUUGAUUACUUUCCCUCCCACCAUAAAAAAACCCCUUAAAAAUUCAAUCUUGAAACACACACUACACGCACCUUCCUCAACUUACUUCACCUUCAACUCCAUUCACACCUACAAAAAAAAAAAUAGUAAUGGGUUUUGCCCCAAAACCCACAAGUCCUCUGUUUAUAGUAUUUCAGCUGCUGCUUUGUACACAAGAAACUGUACAAAUACACAAAUAGGAGACAGAAAUUUUAAGGAACCCCAUUUGGUGGGUUUGUUUGUUUGUAAUAAGUUGGGGUUGAAGAGGUGGUAAUGGAGAUUGGGUGCCCUACAAAUGUGAGGCAUGUUGCCCACGUCACCUUUGAUAGGUUCAAUGGCUUCCUUGGCCUCCCUGUUGAGUUUGAACCUGAAGUUUCUAGAAGGCCUCCUAGUGCAAGUACGAGAGUUUUCGGAGUUUCCACGGAGUCUAUGCAGCUUUCUUUCGACACUAGGGGCAAUUGUGUCCCUACUAUAUUACUCAUGAUGCAACGACGCUUGUAUUCGCAAGGCGGCCUGCAGUCUGAGGGAAUCUUCAGAAUUAAUCCCGAAAACGGGCAGGAAGAGUACGCUAGGGAACAACUAAAUAACGGAUUAAUUCCGGAUAAUAUCGAUGUUCAUUGCUUAGCAGGUCUAAUUAAGGCCUGGUUUAGAGAACUUCCAAGAGGGAUAUUGGAUUCUCUCACACAGGAGCAGGUAAUGCAGGCCCAAUCAGAAGAGGACUGCACUCGUCUCGUGACUCUACUUCCGCAAACAGAAUCAUCUUUAUUGGAUUGGGCAAUAAAUCUUAUGGCCGAUGUUGCCCAAAUGGAACAUCUCAACAAGAUGAACUCUCGUAAUAUCGCAAUGGUUUUCGCUCCCAAUAUGACUCAGAUGUCGGAUCCUAUGACAGCACUAAUGUAUGCUGUACAAGUGAUGAAUUUUCUCAAGACUUUGAUUGUGAAAACGUUAAAGGGAAGAGAAGAUUCUAUAGUAGAAUCUGCUCCUUCGAUGCAGUUAGAGCCUUCAGACGAAGAUGAAGAAGAAGAAGCUAGUGUAGCCAAUGAAAUUAAAAUGAAUGCAACUGAAUCUAAAACGAACAAUGAAGAAACUCAUGGUUUUGUAAGUUGUAUUGAAAAUAUCUCGUCGUCCGAUGAAAAGGGAGUUGUGGGAGUUGAUAGUGGAAGUGGGAUAACUCAAUCAAGAAACGGGAGGUCGAAAAGUGGGCGACGAAAUGAUUCAAAUAACUGUAAGAAAGGAUCAAGAACAUAUAGUCAAGUUAAUGGUGUUGCAGAGAAAAAUAAGGAAAUAGGCGUAAAUAGCUAUGUGAAUUCACGUGCAGAGCGAUUGGAGGCGUGGAGAUGAACGAACUUGUUUGAAUAUAUAUUUUUAUUUGGCGUUGUAAUUUUCGAUCGUUUGGAUUUGUUCGAAUAUAUUUUUAUUGACUUCCUGGGUUUGGAGUUGUUUUUAACUUGUGAGUGGCAAAUUCCAUGUAUUAUUAGUGUUUACCUUUGCAUGAUCUCAUUGUAUAGACUAUCUCUAUGAGUGUUGAAUUUGAAUGUAAUUUAUCUUCAUUUU